AUGUCCACAAAUGGAUCUAACACCUUGUUUUCUUUCCUUCCUCUUCCAGUGUUCGUGUUCCAUUGGCAAGCUACAAUAAUGGGACCUAACGACAGCCCAUAUCAGGGUGGGGUGUUUUUCUUGACAAUUCACUUCCCAACAGAUUACCCCUUCAAACCACCUAAGGUUGCAUUUACAACAAGAAUUUACCAUCCAAAUAUUAACAGUAAUGGCAGUAUUUGUCUUGAUAUUCUACGGUCACAGUGGUCUCCAGCAUUAACUAUUUCAAAAGUACUUUUGUCCAUCUGUUCUCUGUUGUGUGAUCCCAAUCCAGAUGAUCCCUUAGUGCCUGAGAUUGCACGGAUCUACAAAACAGAUAGAGAAAAGUACAACAGAAUAGCUCGAGAAUGGACUCAGAAGUAUGCGAUGUAAUUAAAGAAAUUAUUGGAUAACCUCUACAAAUAAAGAUAGGGGAACUCUGAAAGAGAAAGUCCUUUUGAUUUCCAUUUGACUGCUUUCUAUGAGCCCACGCCUCAUCUUCCCCUGUGCACAUGUUUACCUGAUACAGCAGUGCUGCGUGUUGUACAUACUUGGAACAACGAAAUACUGUAUUCCAUACCAACAUUGACUCCUAGCAAAGAAAUGUGUGUGAAAAGCUAGUUCUUCAGUCAAAAAUCUAGUUGUGAGCAUAAAAGCAUUCCUAAGAAAUUUCAAUUGGGUAAGAAAACAAAAGGUGACCUGGGGGGUGGGGGGGUGGGGAAGUUUUGUGUGCUUCUGGGGACAUUCUGUGACUUGAAAGAGGAGUUCUUUUUUUAAAAAAGGAAAUUGGAAUCCUUUUAAACUCAUAACUGUAAUGAAAACUGAUGUGAAGAACUUGACGCUGUUUCUAUAUUUUAUUCUGAAGGACCUACUUAGGUAAAUGUAUGACCGACAAGAUCAAACUGUACCCACAUCCCGUGUCGAAGGUCUAAGUUUAACUGGUCAGCAUUGAAAAGCAUUGGAGCUAUUAGUGCAUUAAGUGACGUUGAUUUUUUUUUUUUGUUUCAACUCUAUCCCUUGCCCCCUUCAUAAUUUUGGUUUGUAUGUGUUUUCUCAGUUAACAUAGCUAAUAGCUCUUAUUUUCUUAAGUUUUUAACUGCUUAGGUCUUUCUGGAUGUAAGGGUAAAAAUUCAUUUGACAAGACUUGUGUAUAUUUAAAGACCCAACUGCUCCCUUGGAGCUUGUACGUUCGAGAAUAAUUAAUCUGUGUAAUAAACUGAUUACUACAGUCAUUACAUAUAA